AAGGAGGAGGAGGAGGAGAAGGAGGAGGAGGAGGAGGAGAAGGAGGAGGAGGAGGAGAAGGAGGAGGAGGAGGAGAAGGAGGAGGAGGAGGAGAAGGAGGAGGAGAAGGAGGAGGAGGAGGAGAAGGAGGAGGAGGAGGAGAAGGAGGAGGAGGAGGAGAAGGAGGAGGAGGAGGAGAAGGAGGAGGAGGAGGAGAAGGAGGAGGAGGAGGAGAAGGAGGAGGAGGAGGAGAAGGAGGAGGAGGAGGAGAAGGAGGAGGAGGAGGAGAAGGAGGAGGAGGAGGAGAAGGAGGAGGAGGAGGAGAAGGAGGAGGAGGAGGAGGAGAAGGAGGAGGAGGAGGAGGAGAAGGAGGAGGAGGAGGAGGAGAAGGAGGAGGAGAAGGAGGAGGAGGAGGAGAAGGAGGAGGAGGAGGAGAAGGAGGAGGAGGAGGAGAAGGAGGAGGAGGAGGAGAAGGAGGAGGAGGAGGAGAAGGAGGAGGAGGAGGAGAAGGAGGAGGAGGAGGAGAAGGAGGAGGAGGAGGAGAAGGAGGAGGAGGAGGAGAAGGAGGAGGAGGAGGAGAAGGAGGAGGAGGAGGAGAAGGAGGAGGAGGAGGAGAAGGAGGAGGAGGAGGAGAAGGAGGAGGAGGAGGAGAAGGAGGAGGAGGAGGAGAAGGAGGAGGAAGAGAAGGAGGAGGAAGAGAAGGAGGAGGAGGAGAAGGAGGAGGAGGAGGAGGAGGGGGAGGAGGAGGGGGAGGAGGAGGGGGAGGAGGAGAAGGAGGAGGAGGGGGAGGAGGAGAAGGAGGAGGAGGAGGAGGAGAAGGAGGAGGAGAAGGAGGAGGAGAAGGAGGAGGAGAAGGAGGAGGAGAAGGAGGAGGAGAAGGAGGAGGAGAAGGAGGAGGAGAAGGAGGAGGAGAAGGAGGAGGAGAAGGAGGAGGAGAAGGAGGAGGAGAAGGAGGAGGAGAAGGAGGAGGAGAAGGAGGAGGAGAAGGAGGAGGAGAAGGAGGAGGAGAAGGAGGAGGAGAAGGAGGAGGAGAAGGAGGAGGAGAAGGAGGAGGAGAAGGAGGAGGAGAAGGAGGAGCAGAAGGAGGAGCAGAAGGAGGAAUGCGACAACAGCUGGUGGAAGCUGGUACAUGAGGGCAUUUUUGACGUCAUCGUGGUUUCCAACCUUCGUGAUUUUGAGGUUGUGGACUACCUACAUGACCAGUACAGCUGA